AUGGCUAAUGACGCCAGACUUACAGACCGGAUAUUGGACAAGCCUGAUCCAAGCCGGCUCCACGCCCCGACUUGUGUUCAACUGUUCCUGAAAGACUGGACAGUCCACGAGGCCCACGUCCAUGCCCCUGUGGGUCAGGAGUGUUUUGGCGCUGAUGAAAGGUUCGAUGCUUCAUUCCACACCAACAUCCUGGUCAACUCCACAGGCUACUGCCAGUACCUGCCGCCAGAGGUUCCUGGGCGGAGGAACGAGCGUUUCUACGACUGCUGUAAGGAGCCGUACCCUGACGUGACCUUCACCGUGGUGAUGAGGAGGAGGACGCUCUACUACGGGCUCAACCUCCUCAUCCCCUGUGUCCUCAUCUCCACCCUCGCCCUCCUCGUCUUCCUGCUGCCCGCCGACUCCGGAGAGAAGAUCUCCCUGGCGCAGUACUUUGCCACUACCAUGGUGAUUGUGGGUCUGUCGGUCAUCGCUACGGUCCUGGUUCUGCAGUAUCACCACCACGACCCCGACGGAGGACACAUGCCACAGUGGCAUGCGCUGAUCUCUCAGCGAGGAGUCCGGUUUGGUCUCUACGUUGUGCCGACUGGGGGUUCGGCCUUGGAGACGGAGCUGAACCAGAUCCUGGAGGAGGUGAGAUACAUCGCCGGGCGUUUCCGCGGCCAAGACGAGGAGGAGACGGUCUGCAGCGAGUGGAAGUUCGCCGCGGCGGUGAUCGACCGGCUCUGCCUGGUGGCGUUCUCGCUCUUCACCAUCCUCUGCACCAUCGGGAUCCUCAUGUCCGCCCCCAACUUUGUGGAAGCCAUUUCCAAAGACUUCUUCAGCUAAGGAGGGAAGACAGGACGAACGAGUGUCUCUAUUUUUAUAUUUAUGGAGAAAUCUCAAACCGAAAACCAACGUCUUGGUCUCAGCGCUUUGACUUCACCCUCAUCGUGUUCUCGUAGAAACAAUUAUCCUUCAAAUAAGAAAUAUGUCAUUGCUGUACUUUUCUUUUCAGGACUGAACCUCUGUGGAUUCCCACUGUGACCUUUGGACAUUUACUCACUUAUAUCAAACACUUGUUCAGCCGCUCCAGACCUCAUUGUUGUUUCAGACUCUUCGGGUUAGUUCGUGAUGGCGGUUCUCCCAGCGCUGGAGAAGCAGAAACUGUUGAAAAAUAAUCAACCACACUCACAAAUUUGGACGUCUCUUUUGCUCCAAACUGAAACAGAAAUCUGGAUUUUUCUAGAACUAACUGAGGAUCCCGAUUGAAGAACCGAAUUAAGACUUUUUGAAAAGAUGUUCCUGAUUUGGUUUCAAGCAGCCUGUGCUUUGAAGCAAACAACUUUUUUUAAGAUAACUUUAUUUAAAAAAGGUUAUCCCGACCUACCUUCCCUGUGUGGAAAAAGUAACUGUGAUUAACCACAUUUCUGUAAAGCUGAGUUUCACUGCCACACCCAGGUCUGGUUCAGCCAGACCUGCUGAGUCAGAAAUCACUUACAAAGAAGUUCAGUGAACCACAGUGAGAGCCGUUAUCUACACAUGGAGAAAACCUGGAACAGAGCUGAGCCGUGCCAGGAGUGACCGACCUUCCAAAAUUACUCCAAGAGCAUCCGAAUCAAAGUCUGGAGUAGGCGUGGGCGAUAUAAACGAUAUACGAUAGAAACUAUAUAAAU